AUGUAUUCAUUUUCAGUUCUCAGCUUGGAAGAGGUAUUGUCGUGUAUUCCACCACCUAUAACAUAUUCGCCUAAAUGUACUACAUCAAAGACCACUACAAAGGUCAAUGGUGACCCACCAUCAAGUAAAGUAGUAUUAAAUGAGGAGGAUGUUCGUGUUGCUAUUGACGUCAAUAUCUGUAUAGUGUUAAAUAGGCUUAUGGGAUCAGACUGCAUAUUUUCAAGGCUACCAACUCAUACUACUGGUAUACUGGAUUUCAACUGCCAUCUUAUGGAAGAAACAUUGAUAUUAGUAAUUGAAGUUAAGAGGAAGCAUAUUUUAGAAGGUAUCAAAGAACAGACUUUUCCUGAGUUUUAUCAAGCAAGCGAAAAGGCAAGAAUGGUGAUUCAACAAAUUUACAACUAUAUGGGAGAAAACGAACUUAGAUAUGGUAUCCUUACCACUUAUGAUAAUCACUGGUUUCUAUGCCGAGAGCAUACAGAGCUUUGGGUUUCAAAAACUCUUCCAUUAGAAUCAAAAUCUCCGCCAGUACUCAAAACAUAUGCUUUUCUAACUCAACAGGCAAAAGAAAAUCCUAAUUCCCCUCAUCCACUACAAGCUCAUGGGGAUAAUAAUUCAUAUGUUCUUCGAUCACAGUCAAAAUUAUCUUCUAACCAAUCAGUGGCAAAUCAACAAACAACUUCCAGCACAUCAGUGUACCAACAAUCACUUAAUCAGCAGAAUUUUAGCUUUGCAGACUUUAAGUUUAAGAGCAUACUAGGUGAAGGACGAAGUGGAAAAACACUCCUAUGCAAGUUUCAUGGUGAUACAAUUGCUUUGAAGAGUGUAGACUUAUCAAAAGCCUCACCAUAUGUUCUGAAAGAAAUGCAGAAAGAAGUAGAGAUUUAUAAAGACCUUGCUGAUAUUCAAG